CUGUGCACUUCUCAUUGGUUUAGCUCUCCAUGCACCGCAGGAGCAUUUCCGCCUUCAUAUUUUUGUUUCCGCGCAAGAGCUGCACGAAUUAGACAUAUUAUUGAACAGCGAGAUUUUUUAUAAUUUUUUUUACAUCAGCAAGAAUCUUGAAAUCUGCAGUCAUGUCAGACCGGGGGUCUAUCGACACUAAUGUUGUGACUUUGACGACAUUUCUGCUUGAAGAGGGCAGAAAAGCCAAAGGCACGGGUGAGCUGACGACCCUGCUGAACGCGAUGUGCACGGCUGUGAAAGCCAUCUCCAGCGCUGUCAGGAAAGCAGGUAUCGCGCACCUGUACGGCAUUGCUGGAAGUACCAAUGUGACCGGUGACCAGGUUAAGAAGCUGGACAUCCUUUCCAAUGACCUUGUCAUAAACAUGAUCAAAUCCUCAUUCACCUCAUGUGUGCUGGUCACUGAGGAACAUGAAAGCGCAAUCAUUGUGGAGCCAGAUAGACGGGGUAAAUACGUUGUUUGCUUUGACCCUCUUGAUGGUUCAUCCAACAUUGACUGUCUUGCUUCGAUCGGGACCAUCUUUGCCAUCUACAGGAAGUGCACAGACAGCGAGCCGUCUGAGAAGGAUGCCCUGCAACCUGGCAGAAACCUAGUGGCUGCUGGAUACGCUCUAUACGGCAGUGCCACCAUGAUUGUCCUCUCCACUGGUCAGGGAGUCAACUGCUUCAUGUUAGAUCCAGCUAUUGGCGAGUUCAUUUUGGUUGAUAGAGAUGUGAAGAUUAAGAAGAAAGGCAAGAUCUACAGUCUGAAUGAAGGUUAUGCCCUUUAUUUUGAUCCUGCUGUCACAGAGUACCUGCAGAAGAAAAAGUUUCCAGAGGAUGGCAGUGCACCCUAUGGAGCGCGUUAUGUAGGCUCAAUGGUGGCAGAUGUGCAUCGAACGCUUGUUUACGGAGGAAUCUUCCUUUACCCUGCAAAUGUGAAGAGCCCCAAAGGAAAGCUCCGACUGCUCUAUGAGUGCAACCCCAUGGCCUUCAUCAUGGAGCAGGCCGGAGGGAUGGCCACCACAGGGACCACCAACAUCCUGGACAUCCAGCCCGAGAGCCUCCAUCAGCGGGAACCUGUGGUCAUGGGUUCCCCUGAUGAUGUCCAAGAGUACAUCUCCAUCUUUCAGAAACAUCAUAAAUAAAAAGCAAUAGUCAGAAUGAGAAAUUAUAAAGAAGAUACAUAUACUUGACACUCCAAAAUAAGAUACCAAAGUAUAUUCUUACCCCUAAAACCAAAUUAUUUUAUACACUUUAUACCUCCAUGAAGAAAUAUAAGAAGAAUUUUUGAGGACAAGUGUUUUUUUUACACCAGUAAAGUAGAAGAUUUACUUUGAGGUCGUUUUUUAUAGAAACGCAGUGUUUUCCGCAUUAGACAAUCUACCUGAGUGUUAUCGGCAGUUGAAAUUGUUGAUGGCCAAAAAGACAAGAAGCAAAUUCAUGGCGGCAAUGAGGAAGACUUGAAUUUAAGUUGAUUUUGUUUCUGUCUGUUCAGACCAAAUAAUCACUUGUGCCUUAUUGCACCCUAUUGAGGGAAGCUGUGAAUAAACUUCUUGGUGAAACCAGACUUUGUGAGAUAUGUGCUGUGUUAACAACUCAUACAUGAUUUAUAAUGUGCAAACACAACAUUACAACUACUGAAAUUCUGUACAAUGCUCACAUUUCAGUAAGCCUCUGAGGACA